UCAAACGAGAAGAGUUGAAAGGAAGAAAAAUCUGUUUCAAACUGGUAAUCAAUUUGUAAGAGAUAUAACACAUAUUAUUCUAAAUAAAUAUUGUUAGAGGGGAGUGGUCCCAACAAUUCCACAAUGAAUAGUAAAGAGGAUGAAGAGGAUUGCAAGAAAAUAGAAGAGAUCGUAUCAAAUAUUCUAGAAAAUCUUACCUUUCUGCAGUACUAUCCACCAGACCAGGUGCGCUGGAGGGGAAACUGCUUAUUCUACGCAAUCCUCUACAUCACCGUUCAACCAGUGAUAGCAAUCUACAAAAACUGGCAACAGUGGAGCUUCAAUUCACGCGUAUCCGCUGUCGACAACCUAAUCCUAUCGCUGGGGAUCCUUUCGUUGUCAGUGGAUGUAUUUCUGAUGUCAGACAGAUUCACAACUCUCCUCAACCUCGCCAUUUCUCCAUACGGUGUUGCUGAUUCAGCGAAAAUAACUGCUGAUUCUGCACUGAAGGGUGACACAAAACCGCAGGUGAUAAAAGAAACACUCCUCAGAAAUACAACUGUGGAAGGAUGCAGACGGGCAAAUGUGAUCGCUAAUGUGAUGUUCUAUUUUUUCACAAGCUUAACUCUAAUUCCCUUAGCAGGAUUCGUUUCCUACCUCCUACAUCUGAAACCAAUCGACCAGCUAACACUCCCCUUCUUACUCUAUUCACCAUUUUCAUUCUCGUUGAAGAUCACCAACUUCCCCGAGUACACAUUGCUAACUGUCGUUGAGUUUUUCUAUAUCUACUGUGCCGCAGUGUUAGCUAGGAGUAUCCAGAUACUACAGUUUCUCUCCGUGAAUAAUAUUGUGGGUGAGAUGAGGCUGUUUCAUUUGAAUGCUAGAGAAAUGGAUGGUUUGGUUGAGGAUUGUGACGAAAGCAGAAAAGUUGCGGGAGAUGUGUUUGAGACAGUUCUACAAUCGGCUAUGGGGAGACUGGUCGCUCAUCAUCAGAAAAUAUUUUGGAAAGUAAAGCAGCUAAACCAUGCAUCCAAUAUCAGGAUACUUUUUGUCAACUCCUACAUUUGUCUUCAGAUUGUGUUUGGAAUUUUCAUAUUUCUGAAAGGCGAGUUCAUUCUGAAAGUGAAGUAUGGCCUGAUUGUGAUCACGGUGACUAUGACCGAGUACAUUUUCAGCGAAAACGGACAACGAUUACAAGAUGAGGGAGAAGAGUUGAGACUGGCUUUGUACGAAUGCAACUGGAUUGGCAAACGGUUAUGGUACACAAGAGCUCUGCAGAUUCUCAUGAUACGUUCCAAUCACCUACCGAAGGUUGGCCUUCAUAAUGUGCUUACACUCAACAGAAACAAUGUCACUGUGGUAAUUCGUGGUGCCUAUUCCUAUUUCAGUCUACUGAACAAACUGUCUUCUUGAUAACAGUUUGGAAUGAACAUUAUUGGAUAUAUAUUGUUUAGGUUUUCAAAGUUUGAAAUUUGCUAUCUUCAAGUUCAUCUUCUUUAUUUAAAGCCUCAAUGGUUGAUUGUUAUUUACUAAAAAUAUUACUCUCAAAUCACAUCUACACUCAAAUUUUAUUAAUGUGUUUGAAUA